AUGGCAGUUGCGCUGCGGCAGCUGCUGCUGCCCGUGCAGCAGCGCCGCUGCUGCUGCUUGGCAGCAAUUGCAGCAGCCCGUGUAGCAGAAGCUCGUGCAGCAACAGCUGCAGCAGCAGCAGUAGAAACAACAGCAACAGCAAGUGGAGGGGAGACAGCGCCACGCGCUGCUGCUGCUGCUGCUGCAGCGCGUGCUGCAGCAGCAGUUGCGAAGACUUCCUUCAGAGGCGCAGCAGGAGCAGCACCAGCUGCAGCAGCAGCUUUGAGAGGCCUCUCUCCCCGCAGCUUCCACAGCCUCCGCAGCAGCAGCAGCAGCAGCAGGACGCCUGCAUGCGGAAGUGUGGCGACGGCGCAGCUCCUGCAGCCGCCGCAGCUGCAGCCGCAGCAGGCACAGCAGCGCCGCUGCAGCAGCAGCCGCGCGCAAGCUGCUGCAGUGAUGUCUGCUGCAGCAGCAGCAGCAGAAGCAGCAGCAGAAACAGACCCGCGCGCCUUAGACAUGUUUUGCAUUUGCGCUCCUGGACUUGAGAGUUUGUUGGCUCGCGAGCUGCAGCUGCUGCUGCUUUCUCCUGAGCCCCACCUUGCUGCUGCUGCUGCUGCAGCAGAAAAAGGAGACGCAGCUGCUGCAGUCGCUGCAGCAUCUGCAGCAGAAGCAGCCGCAGCAGCUUCAUCUCUCUUGUCUGUAGAUGUUCAAGAAGGAGGAGUUGCAGUAAAAGGACCCCCUGAGCUGCUGUGGAACAUAGCGCUGCGCAGGUAG